GGCCGAUUGACAGCAUCCUUGCCGACGCUGCGCAAUGCAGGCAACGUCGGCAUACCUGUCGGUGAUCAUGGGGGCCAUUGCGGCGCUCUUGAUGUUGGGGUAUGGAGUUUGGCGCUACCUCUCUCGAAGAGGGCAAGGCGAUGUGUACCGCAACCUGGACUUUGGAACGAACGCGAUGAUGGGAUCGGGUGGUGACGUCAUGUUGCGCGAAGAUCUCGAGGACAGUUUCCUGGAAGAGGGAAAGAUAGAGUGGCAGUGCGUCGUGUGUGCGCACAUGAAUCACCCUGACAAGUCAAUCUGCUCGUUGUGCGGCGCAACAGAAGUGAUGCCGAUGCACCCGUCGAACGCGACGUCGACCAUGCUUACUGGCAGCGUGCUCAAUAAAUCGUUCAUGCUGCAUUCAUUCGUGGAUGGUUUUGUGGACGAAGACGGUCAUCCGUGUCCAUCGUCAACGUCGUCGAGUCGGCAACAUCCACAUUCGACUUCGCAGCAGUUGUCGCUGCCAGAAGCCCGUCAACGCGCGCUCAUUUAUCGCCGAAAUAACAUGCAACUUACGCAGCGGCAGCGACAAGCCAAGCGGCGUCGGCUGUGGCAGCGCGCGCAACUGCCGACUGGCGAGUACGUGUGGGUGCGCACAGCGACGUUUGUCAACUCCCACGGCAACCGCGACGACACGUUCUUGGUCGCUAUGGCCGCCCACGACAACAAGCCGAUGUCGUCUUCGUCUUCAACGGGUGUGCUGCACUCAAAGGAAUCCCUGGACGAGAUGUUACAUCGAAAAAACGCCAAGUCGUUUGGGUACAUUGUCAAGCAGAACAAAGAGACAGGGGAUUUGUCGUGGAGCCGCGCGUCGCUGGCUGGUCGACAUCAUUUGGAAGAUAUCGACGAGAACUUGGUGAACGAAGGCAACGGCGGCAUCCUGGACGACGUAGACGUGGAAGGCAUCAUGGCGCUUCCGUUCACGGCCAAGAAGACGUGGUUUGUGAAGCGCAUCAAGCAACUCGUCGUGCCUCGUGUCGAUGCGGUGUAUGCCAUUCGCGUGCGACGGCAAUUCAUCUUUGAAGACUCUGUGAAGUUGCUGCAGCAUUCUAUUGUGACGGGGCGAACGCGCGAGUCGUUGCACAUUUCGUUCGAAGGAGAAGAAGGGUUGGAUGCUGGUGGGAUCCUGCGCGAAUGGUACUUGUUGGUGUGCCACGAAGUGUUUGGAGCGACGCUUGGGCUGUUCUCGACCACUCAUGCCGAGAACCAAAGCUACUGGAUCAACCCGGCGUCCGAGCUCACGAUGGGACCUCGACACUUGAAGUACUUUCGGUUUGCAGGCCACUUGUUGGGCCGUGGUAUCCAAGAAGGCCUCGUGCUCGAUGCGCACUUGAGUCUUCCGCUGCUCAAGCACAUCCUCGGUGUCCCGAUUUCGUUUUCAGACUUGGAAUACCUCGACCAAGACUUGUACAAGAGCUGCGUGUAUGUGCGGGACCACGCCGGCAUGGACGCGCUCAGUUUGACCUUUAGCAUGAUGGGAAGCCACGGCGAAGAAGUCGACUUGAAACCAAACGGACGCAACAUUGACGUCACGGACGCCAACAAACUCGAGUACCUGAGCCUUGUGCUCGAGUACAAGAUGCUCGGAUCGAUUGCGCCGCAACUCAAGGAGCUGCUCCUUGGACUGUACGAAGUCAUUCCCCGUGCGAUGCUGUCGGUGUUUGACUACCAAGAGCUCGAGUUUUUCAUGUGUGGCGUGCCCAACAUCUCGGUCGAGGACUGGCGCAAGAACACAAUCGUGCGGUUCUUUCGAAGUUCGACGUCGAACAAGCAACAACAAUCCGUCGUCGAGUGGUUCUGGGCCGUGGUGGCGGGGUUCAACGAAGUCGAACGAGGUCGGCUCCUCCAGUUUGCCACCGGGUCGAGUCGGCUCCCCGUCGAAGGAUUCAAAGGGCUCACGAGCUCAAGCGGCCAAAUCUACCCGUUUUCGAUUCAACUCGUCGAGCGCGGCCAGCCUCCCGCUGGAAUGUGCCCCAAAGCGCACACGUGCUUCAACAGGAUCGACCUUCCGUUGUACAACGAUCUGGACGAGCUCGAGAACUAUCUGAGUUUGGUCAUUCAAAUGGAGAUCACGGGGUUUGGAUUGGAAUAAUCCAUCCGCCGAGCCCCAUGCUCGCGGCGACGUGCCGCCCAAACAUCGCAUCGUACAAAACGCGACCGACCUUCGCGUAGGGGGGGUGCCUGCACAAGCGAAAGCUCGUGCGAGCGCUGUUGUUGGUGGACUCCACGCCAUGCAAGUGAACCAAGGUGCGGUGGCUACAACGCUGAAUAGUUUCUCUUGCUUCUUGUGCCGGUGGUCGAGAAAUCACUCAAGUGUUGAGCGAACCGGGCCCAACACGUUGAACCAGUCGAGGAGAGCUGCACCAUCAAACCCGGGAAUUAUCACUGGUGUUAUGUAUAAUGUUGUCCAAGUUGCGUACGGCCAAGGGCGAGACGUUUAUCUCUGUGCAUUUCGUCGGUGCAGCAAGGCAGUGCGCUCGUGUCGGUGGCCCGUUGACGAGGUUGCAGUCUGGCCACGCCUCAAGUGGAGAACGAGUGCUGCGAGAGCCGCUAGCCCGAUGACCCAACUCCCAUCAACUUGCGCUUGGAGGGCUUCGUGUUGCUUGGAUGUCGCUGCCCAUAGCGCACGGGCUGUUUCAAAAAGGUUUGGAGUGUAUUGAAUGUCAGUGGCCAGCACCAACCAAGGCACGACUUGGUCUAUUUCGACGUGGUCUACUGCGUGGGUGUUGAUUCCUCGGAGGUUGCAGGGCGGAAGCGCCAUUAUCAGCGCCUUGGCUUCGUUAAAUAGCGCACGGCAUGAUGGUGUCUGUCCUGCGAGUGUCCACUGCGCCGACUCAGGCGUUGUGUGCGUCAUGAAGGUCGAGGCAAGGCCAGUCGCGGCGAGACACGGAAGGAGGUUGGAGCUCGUGGAGAGGGUCAUGCCUUUGGAUUGCAAUGCGUCGAGGUCGCAGUCGACAGAAGCACGGGGAUAAGCGACUAGUUCAACCACACUUGUCACCAUGGUCCAGGUGACACGGGGCAGGUAAGUACGGAGUUCGACGCACGUCGAGGCAGCUGUCGCGACACUAGUCACGAUCGUCUCGUACUCCGAUCUGCAAGCAGUGCUGUUUGAAAAUGCAUCGGCUUGCGCUUGCGUAAUGCUGCCAGCGAGUAGUCUGUCCAAGGAGUCGCCAAUGUCAGUUUCGCAGAGCUUUUGCAUGUCGUUGCCAUGGAGAGAGUGCUUCAACGAGUCCAGGUCGUCGAGGGAGCAAUGCGUCGGGGUGUCCGCUGCCACAAGCGCUGUACUGAGCAAGAUCCAUGCGGCAGCAGCAGUAGUCUGGACGAGCUGCAUGCGAUUCCGUGGAUUUAUGUGCCAGGAGCGAUUGGCCCGUGG